UAACAGGACUACUUGUGGCAGCUUGAUGAAGACUGUUAUAAUAUAAAAAUAUUACACUGACCUAAUUUUCAGACAUUGUUUUAAAACUCGGGUUUUAUCCGGAGACAUGGAGUGAUACAUCUAGCCAUUAGACGAUCUUUGUUUGGAAAAACGAUGGCGUCGCAUGAGGGACUAUCAUCUCUGGGGGUGGAGGGAGCCUCGGCGGCUGCACACGCUCUGUCUCUGCCGGCGGAAGCUUACGGAAAUGACCCCCGACUUGAAGUCAUGUGGGCGAUGAAGGCCUACAACCACGCAGAGGUCUACUUCAACCUCAUCUCAUCCGUCGAUCCCAAGUUCCUGAAGCUGACGAAGGUGGACGACCAGAUCUACUCCAGUUUCAGAGAAACCUUCAAAGACCUGGACGUGAAGCGGCUGAAAGAGAAGGACCUGAAGUCAGACGAGGCCAAGCAGACCUGGCGCCCCUUCUGCAACCAGUUUGAGGGAGUCGUGGAGGACUUCAACUACGGCACCCUGCUGCGUCUGGACUGUGAGAAGGACUACAGCGAGGACAACACCAUAUUUGCCACCAGAGUCCAGUUCUUUGCUGUGGAGAUCGCCCGAAACAGAGAAGGCCACAACGACACAGUGUUCACAUCCAAACGAGCAAAGAGCUAGUCUCCAGUUCAACCAGCAUGGACCCAGUAUGGACCCAUCUCGCCCCGCUCGCCCUCACCAGAUGAACUGCAGGCGCUGAGCAGACAUCGCAUGUUGUCAGUCAGCUCAGUGCUGUUUUUAUAUUCCCUCUGAAGAUUUAUCCAGCGUUGGUGGUAAUUGGAAUAAAUAAGAAGCAGUUUA